CUCUAUGAGGAGCAGAUGCUGCUGAGUGAAGGCAGAGGAGACAGGGAGUCCCGGACCGAGCAACUGACUGCUAGCCACACAGAGCGAGCGGCAGCUGACGAUCAUUCAGGCGGAGCAGCGACGGCGGCAGCAGGAAUGUCUGUCACUACACAGCUGCGUCUGCUGCUGUGGAAGAACUUCACCUACAGACGACGACAGACGCUCCAGCUCCUGGCGGAGAUCGUCUGGCCCCUCUUCAUCUUCUUCAUCCUCAUCUCUGUGCGGCUGAACUACCCUCCCUACGAGCAGCAUGAGUGUCAUUUUCCAAACAAGGCGAUGCCAUCAGCCGGCACGCUGCCCUGGCUUCAGGGAAUCCUCUGCAAUGCCAACAACCCCUGCUUCAGACAUCCGACACCGGGCGAGUCUCCGGGCAUCGUCGGCAACUUCAACGACUCAAUAAUUUCUCGCCUUUUCUCGGACGCCAAGAAGAUCCUCCUGUACAGUCAGAAUGAUAAAAACCUCGAGGGCUUCAAGGAGCUGGCUCAAGCCCUGCAGGUGCUGCAGUCCAGCCGCUCAGGUAUGGCAUGCGAAACGCAACCCUCACUGUGUGGGGAUGAGCUCAGAUCAGGGUUAGCGAUGCAGUUUGACUUUGUUUGAUUUCGCUAAUCUGAGCAUCAGUGUGGGUUGGAGUGAUAGCAGACAUAUCAGCCUUACGGCUGAUAUGCACGUCAUCACAAAAUAAGAAAUACACUGUAGAUAAAAACUCAAAGCGUGUUUAAAUGGUGAAAGUUCCAGCUAUGAGGUGUAUUUAUACACAUGUUCUUGUUUUAAUCUUAACAACCUGCACACGGCAACAAAGAUUUUAAA